CCUGUCCAAUCACCAAACUCCACCAUCCAUCCCAGCCCUGUCCAAUCACCAACCUAACCACCAUCCAUCCAGCCCCUGUCCAAUCACCAACCUAUCACCAUCCAUCCCACCCCUGUCCAACACCACACCUAUCCACCAUCAUCCCAGCCCCUGUCCAAUCACCAACCUAACCACCAUCAAUCCACCCCCUGUCCAAUCACCAACCUACACCAUCAAUCCCAGCCCUGUCCAAUCACCAACCUAACCACCAUCAAUCCAGCUCCUGUCCAAUCACCAACCUAACCACCAUCAUCCCAGUCCUGUCAAUCACCAACCUAACCACCAUCAAUCCCAGCUCCUGUCCGACCACUAUCCGCCCCAGCCACACCUACGUCCAAAUCCAAACUCCACCCCAACCCCUCUCAAUAAGGCAUAGGAUGUUGGCGCGUUCACCCAUAACGUGCAUCACCCGCCCCAGCUCAUCAUACGCCCUAUGACCAGACUGCUACACUACACCCAAAUCAUCCACCCCUCCCCAAUCCACCACCCAGCCGCCACAAAACUGAACCUUCAAAACAUCCCUCCUCAAUGUCUCAAACUAUCCACCUAUAAGAUCGUCCUGCCAGAUAACAUGCUCCGGGCUGUUGCUCCCUCUCCCUGCUCUACGGAGGUCCCACAGUCACCCACUGACCCUCAGCUGUAGCCAAAUCUCUUUCAGACAGCAUCUACAGCUCCCGACCAGCCAGACAGCACUUCCUAGAGCUGCACCUCUUACUUGUAACCUGGUCUCCAGCUGUGUGUCCAACCCCACCCACAGAGCUCCAAACCUGGCUGUCCCAGCUGGACAUCUCCUUACCUCCACCGCCAUUUCCCACCCAAGCCCAGAAGGUGACCUCUCUGCUGGGUUCUGAGGCCAGGGAGGUGUGGCUGAGGGGACCAGAGACCAGGCUGCCCUGCAGAAUUGCUCCAGAGACUGGGCAGUAUGUAGCCCAGAAGCAGUGUCCCUUCCCCCAUGUGAUGAGGGCAGGCGCGUGUUUGUUCCAUGCUGGUGGUCAAGGAGCUGCUCUUCCCUCAGGUCCAGGGGGGCCUACAUCGACCAGGUUCUCCAGGAGCACAAGGUGGAGUUGGAGCCUACCACCCUGUCUGAGGAGAGACACCUGGUACGCUGCAGAAACGAACCAUGUUCCUCAAGCUCCGCAGGCCUCUGUCACUCAAACACCUGCCUAACAUCUACCCUGACGUUCUCAACCUCUACUAUCACAGCUGUGUCUGCAAGAGCCUGGGUGUAGAGCCAUGUGACGUGGCCAGGACCCCAGAAGGAGCACUGUGUUCAGAGGACCGUUGGAAAAGCUCUGCCAGUGGGCCAUGUUCACUGGCCACUAACACUGGACCAUGUUCACUGGCCACUAACACUGGACCAUGUUCACUGGCCACUAACACUGGACCAUGUUCACUGGCCACUAACACUGGACCAUGUUCACAACCCACCUAUAACACUGGAUCAUGUUCACAACCCACCUAUAACACUGGACCAUGUUCACAACCCACCAACCGCUGUGACAUUGGAACACAGACCACCACCUCAGCAGCCUCCGGCUCACCACAACACCUGGAGGAAUGUAUCAGUCUGUCUCCGUCUCAGACCCCGAGCUGCAGAGCCACAGCUAGCCUCUCUCAGAGACCGAGAGAGGACCCGAAGAGAGGACCAUCAUCAUCCUCACACUUUAAGAAGCACAAGAGGAAAGAGGGGAAAGGCAAGAAGAAGAGCCUCACCAAACCUCCGUUUGUUGGGACGAGGAAUCGCACCGUGUUGGAGGGUGGUGGAAACACAGAGCAGGCUGGGAACCAGAGCAUUCUGAAGAACACUGUUAAUCAAGAGGAGGCGGGAUGGGACGGGCGGCCGGUGGGGAGCAGUGACGACGCAGGGAGUGACUCUGAAAGGAGGGAUGGAGAGCGGAAGGGAGGCAAUAAGCUGGAGGAAGAGGAGGAGCCACCAGCCACACCCCUGCUGGAGGAGGAGGAGUCUAACUCCUGGACGUGCCCUUUGACCUUAGACGAGCUSUCUUCGUCUCCUAGCAACACGGAUCGAGCCUCCACACUAUUGUCCGUGCCGUCCUACGAGAGCACGUCCACUCCGUCCUACAAGACCCCAUCCUCAGGUUCAGGGUCAGCCUGGUCCCAGGGCCUCAGGACUAAGRGCCAGUCAGGGAUGAUCCUCAAGCUGAGGAAGGUGUUGUUUCCUGAGGGACGUAAAGGACAACAGACGCGAUACCAGGCUGUCUCUGUCUCAGACCCUGAACUGCGCCGACACAGUCAGCCUCCUCUCUCAGAGACAGAGGAUGGGGAGGACAGGAGAAAGAGGGACAGGAAGGGGGACAGAGGAGAGGCCAGGGAAAGAACCAGGGAUGGAUGUCUUUCCAGGAGGAUGUCCUCCAAGCUCCCCCAGCGAGGGCUGCAUUUCGGGGGCUUCUCUUCUACCCUGCGCCACCUCACCACCUUCUCCACCUUCAGCCGACUGCCCUCCUCUCUGUCCUCCUCCCUGCGCCGCUCCGUCAUGAAGAUCAAGUACUGCCCCUUCUUGUCUGCCUGCCACAGCUCUGACCACCGCCGACGCCGCUGGGUCCUUCGCUCUGCCGUGCAGCGCGCCCGCUCCGUCAUGAAGAUCUACUACCCAGACCUGGUGGGGAGACGGAUACAACACCUCUACGAGGAGGGGGACGGGACGGAGGUGUGGUACAGGGGUCUGGUGGUGCAGGUACAUGAGCCACACCCUAACCCYCUGAAGACUGUGUUCCAGGUGAAAUAUGACUCAGAACCAGAGUGGCAGUAUUACCUGGAGCUGCUCAUAGACUAUAAGAAGGGUUGGCUCAAAAUAGAGGACUGACACAGGGCCGAGACAGGACUGACGGCUAACUGGGCGUGUUGUCUUGUUUGGUUUUUGAAGAAUGGCUGGCUUGAAGAAGAGGAGUGAAUCCUGGGAAACAUUAUUUCUCCUGUGUUUUGGUUUUCACUGGUUUGUGUGUUUUGACUGUGUUUUGGUUUUCACUGGUUUGUGUGUUUUGACUGUGUUUUGGUUUUCACUGGUUUGUGUGUUUUGACUGUGUUUUUCAACGGUUUGAUAUGUGUAUCGGUGCUUUUCUCUGGGCCACUUUGUUUCGCAUCGCCUGGUUCCCCGGGUGGGUGGAGAUUUCACUUUAGGACCAAUGGAAUGGUCUACAAUAUGCAACUCCCAACCCUGUGCACCGGACCAUGCAAAACAAACUCGUCCAAUGAUCCUCAAGUUGGUCUUUGCUAGUUUGUUGUU